AUGUCCAUUCAAUUAUUUUUUUUAUUUUUUACUCAUAUCAUCUUCAUUCACACUACUCAUAGUAGUCAAUAUGAUAAUGAUGAUGAUCAUCAUCAUCAUUAUUAUGAACCUUCCAAAAGUAUACAAUCUCCAACUUUCCUAAAACAGAUAGAAGAUGAAUGUGAUAAAUGUGAUCGUAAAAAAUGUUCACCUAUUAUACAAUGUAAUGUUGGUAUAGUACGUGAUAAAUGUGGUUGUUGUGAUAUAUGUGCAUUAGAAGAAGCACAAUUAUGUAAUAUACCAAAUGAUUUUAUAAAUGGUAUAUUAAAACAAGGAAUUACAUGGUAUGGUAUAUGUGGUACCGAUUUAGAAUGUCGUAAACGUACAGAUAUUGAUUCAAAAUUAAUUGAAUCACAAAGUAUAUGUUAUUGUGUUAAAUCAGGUAAAGUAUGCGGUUCCGAUGGGAUAACAUAUUCAAAAUGUAAAAUGAAUGCAACUAUUAUUUCAUCAAAUGGUAAAGUGAUACCAAUUAGUGAAGGACCAUGUCAAACUGUACCUUCGGUCAAAUUAACUGUAUUAAAUCAAACUGUUAUUGAAGGUACUAAUGUUACUUUGAUAUGUGAAGCACGUGGUUAUCCAAUUCCAACUAUUAAUUGGUAUUUUAAUAAACCAAAUCAAAAACAAGAUAAAAUUCAAAUGCCAGGUAAUUACAAAGAUGUCACAGUAAGUGUUCGUGGUGGAACUGAAGAGACACAUACAAUCUCUUAUUUACAAAUAACAAGCUUUACAUUAGAAUAUGAAGGUGAAUAUAUUUGUAUGGCUGAUAAUAUUGUUGGAAUUAAAGCACAAGGUACAUCAUUAGUUAGAAAUGCAGCUUCAUCAAUCUAUUCAUCAUCAUCUUCAUGA